AUGGAAAACGUCACCUAUACGAGUUCUGGCGCCUUGAGUCGCCAACAUUACGCCCUCGUCAGUAAACAGGAACAAGCGGCUUCAGCUUUGGAAGCCGAAAGAGUGACGUGGGAUGCCUACGAAGAGAUCAAGUCACGUAUGGGCAAAAGACCGAGGCAAACUGGCUCCUCUUCCUCGAUUGCCAACUUGUUUGCUGCUGGAGCGCGUGACUGGGGUCUCAGUCUACCGUCCUCGAGCGUUGCUUGGAAUCCCAAGCAGACGCGCGAGGAUCUUCUCUUGUUAUUGUAUUGUCGGAAUUCGUCCAUGGAGAGUACACGCGUAAUCUCCAAAGAUGAUCUUCAGUUUGCGUUGCCGGCGGCACUGACCCUCGCAGAAGCGGGAAAGACGGUUGACGAAAGGCGGACGGGGUACCUUUUCUGUUCUGAAAUUAUCUCGCCGAAUCACGAAGCACACCUGUUGAUCAUCAACACGGUCAGAAAGGACUUGGAUUCAACCUUUGUGCCACGGAUUCUGCUGGCUUUGGAUUAUUUGAUUUCUUCACCCAAUGCCGACGCUAUCCCGGCAGUCCUUACUCGACUGGAGACAUUGCUGGCUUACAAGUCUCCCCAAGUGCGAUGUCGUGCAUUACAUGCGUUCCGUAUACUCGGCGCGUUGGAUCCAGAGAUACUACAUCACUGUCUUGAUACACUUCCGAAGCGAAUCCAAGACCACGAUAUAAGUGUCAGGAUUGCGGCACUUCUCCUUCUAGAGGCCUGCUUCGAGCGCAACGUGGUAGACCUCAAAACCACGGGUGACAGCCUCAUGGAGAUCAUUCGGUCAUUCAAAUUCAAACAGAGCAAACUACCUCAACAUCAAAUCGCGCUCGUCCUUCGCGCAGUCGAUAUUCUCGGUCGCAUCAUGCCCAACUUUGAAGCGGAUCGUGAAAUAUUUGCUACAAUCCUUUUUCAACUUGGGGAACGGGCCGGUGCUCGACAAGCAUGGGCGCUUGUUAUAUCAAUCUUUCGUGCACUUUCGAGAGUUCCGGAACAAGAGAUCCUUGUACUGUUUGCACGAAGGGUGGCAAAAGGAAAAGAUGUUACUCAUCCGCUCUCCUUCUUGCACACCCUUUUGCGAACGAAAGAUCCGAACUCGACGAGGAUCCUCUUGCAAAUCCUUUCAGUCUUGCCUGCAGUCGUAUGGGCUGGUGGGACUACAAAUGUGCGCAUGCCCGUGGAUAGAGUGUCAACAGUGUUUGACACAGGCGAACACACUCCCAACGAGAACGUUCACGCGGAAAUUGACGCUGCAGAUCUUUUCGGCGAGAGUGUGGACAAGGAGCCGCCUGCCUCAAGUUUACCUGAGGAUCAAACCGAAACCACAAAGGUUACGUUUGCGGCACUAUUUGAUGAAUCGUCCGUAGGUGCGCUUAUCGGAUUUCUCAAAGCAAGGGAUAUGGAAAUACGAAAGCUUGCGAUUUUGGUAUUCACCAAGGCGGAUCCAUCCCCCGCUGGUUUUGUCUCGCAGUACAUGACCCAACUUCUCUCUGCUCUUGCGGAACGGCAAGGAUCUGUGGAUGAUUCUGACCAAAGAUAUCAAUGCGAACUUGCUUGCCAAGCACUAGAGGUCGCAGAGGUACUUCAUUCUGAUGAUGGAGCGGCAUAUGCGCACGCCGUGAUCGAUAUUCUCCAACGGGCCGAUGGACACUCUCUCAGCAGUCACCCAACAUCACCAACAUCAAGCAACAAAAGUACUACUUCUACUGGUACUCGGCGAAGUGGAAAGGGCCGUGGUGGUGUGAUCGAAGCUGCUGUAGAAAAAGUACUUUCUAUGCACGUAAAGAACAGACGACGUCUUCUUGCAAUCAUUUGCGGGAUACUUGCUCCCCCGACACAUUGGGACACCCAAAGGGACAUUUCUGUUACCCUACUCGUCGUAACAGCAGCAAUAGCCUGCGAAGCGAGUGGCACACCGCUAAACACCGCUCAAAUCCUCCUCGACUCAUUUGGGCAAUUACUCACAUCGGUGUCGCUUACUAUUCAAGAAAUGCUUCUUCUGGCAAUGUUGCGCCUCUCUGCAAUAGAAGGCAUCCAAUUAGAACAAGCAACGGCCCUCAUAGAGGAUCUGCGACUGAAGUCUCGAAAACAUAUUGCCGAUCGCUGUUUACAAUGUCUUGACCAAAUCUCCAAUCUUCCCAAGUUUCGCAAAAAGUUGUCGGUUCUCUCAUCAAUGACAAUCCCGGCAUUAUUAUCAACGCUUGAGCCACCGCGCCAGCCCGAGGCACCGAGAGGAGCGAUACACGAAGGAGGGGAGCCUACAAACCUGGCAAGGAAGAAGUUUGAUCCAGCUCCUCUGCGAUACACUGCAUAUGAGCCCGCUGAAAAAACAGCCGGCCACUCGCGAAAACCGUCUCAGUCCCUUCAUACUGAUCUGCUCAAAUCAAGACUCCCGGGUCAGCGCCAAUCCAGCAGCACAUCGAAAGGAGAUGACCUCAUUCAGUUGAGUAUCCUUGGUCGAAGUACAGACCGAACUCCUACCAGCUCACUGUUCUCGGGGCAGAAUGAGAACAAUGACAAUGAAUCUCCAUUUGCUACGACAAUCUCGACGACUCUAUCGGACCUUGGACCCCCACCUUUCCUCUCACGUACAAUAUCACCUCCAGUGUCCCCUCAACUAUCUCCGAGGCGACCUAUUCACUCCCCCCUUCAUUCACCAGGCGUCAAGACCCCAUCAGAGAGAUCACCAGUCGCCCGUGCAUUGCAACUUCAAUCAAACGCCAAGAUAGUGGACACAGAAAUUAAUUUUGAUAUCGAAUGGGACCGACUUGGAGCUCAGACAUCGACGACGUCACGAGGGUGGUUUGAAGGGGAGAUAGCAGCCAUAUUAGAUAUGCUACGCAAAAGACAGUCGCUUAUUAAAUUGACGACGAUAUUACACGACGGGACAGAGGCAAAGCUUCACGUUCGAGUCAAUAAUCAAACGGGCUUACUGCGCUUACGCCAAGAAGAAGAUCAGUCAACACUUUGGUUGCUCAGAUCGUCGGAUUCAGCUUUGAGAGGGACAGUCAAAAGCGUCUUGCAAGAAAACUAG